UGAGGCACCGGGCCGGCGAACGAGUGAAGGAGCACCCUUGGGAGGGCUGGGCCAGGUCCGCGGUAUCGGGAGAAAUGUCUGAGGUGUCGCUGAGGAAAUAGCUGGCACAAGGAGCAGCUGGUGUCCAUGUCCGGUUGCGUGGCCAGGUGUAAGAGUGCCCUCUCCUGGGUGGAACAGAGCAGUUUGCCUUGCUCGGCUGAGACGGCUCCCUCCUUUGGGAAGCUUUCCUUGCGUUACAAAUAGCUCAAGGUGUUCACAAACAAGUUCAGGUUUUUCCAGAGAGCCAUGGCAGAAGGUGGAUUUGAUCCCUGUGAAUGCAUUUGCUCGCAUGAGCAUGCAAUGAGAAGACUGAUUAAUCUGCUGAGACAAUCCCAGUCAUACUGCACAGACACAGAAUGCCUUCAGGAAUUGCCAGGACCAAACUCCUCCAGUGACAAUGGCAUCAGCUUUGCCAUGAUAAUGAUGGCCUGGGUUGUGAUUGCACUUGUCUUGUUCUUACUGAGACCUAGUAAUCUGAGACGAUCAAACACAGCCGGAAAGGCAACCAGCCAACACAAUGGACAAGAACCACCAGCCCCACCAGUGGACUAGAGCAUUCAGUAUUGGAAAAGUUCAGCAGCUAAAACCUUGCACGACCAAAUGAACGAAGUGACCAGAUUACUCCUAAACCGCACUCAAUAUGGUUUCCUUUUCUCAUUUAUAUAGAGCAGAGUUAUCAAUCAGCAGUAAUCUUCAUGAACUGCUUUUAGUGACUUCAAUUUUAAGUUAAGUUUUGCUUUGUAUGUUAUUACAAUUCCUAUAAGAUUGUAAUUUGAAUAAUGGUAAGGCGUUGCAGGGGUUUUUUGGUUGUUACUGUUACUCUGGACAUUCCACUCAGUCUCUUUCUAUUACAGUGAUCCUAAUUUCUUUGCCAUGAUUUCUGAUAAGCAUUGAUUGAAAAAGAAAAUCCCAGUCCAUCUAUAAGAAUGAAAGGUUACUGGCCUUUCUUCAGAUUAAUUCAUAUUUCUUCUCCAGUAUGCUUUUGAGAGUUAUAUUGUGGUUGGAAUUACGUAGUUAUGUCCUGAAAAAUAGAAAUUGUUUUAUAUUUGCCCUGGUUUCAGAGCAGCUUUUCUUUUGGUCUUUGGACCACUAACACAGUUUCCAGGAUUGCUGGCAAAAGCAUGGAUUGUCCACCAGAAUUAUAGUGUGUGUGUGUGCGUGUGUGUGCGUGUGUGUGUGUGUGCGUGUGUGUGUGCGUGUGUGUGUGUGCGUGUGUGUGUGUGUGCGUGUGUGUGCGUGUGUGUGCGUGUGCGUGUGUGUGUGUGCGUGUGUGCGUGUGUGUGUGCGUGUGUGUGUGCGCGUGCGUGCACAUAUGUAAGUGAAUGUGAUGAUUGCCACUGUCAAAGCUUUGAUCUAUAUAUUGGGAACUUUACACAAAAGAUUAUAUCACCAAAAAAGUUAAUUUAGCCAUUUUCAUUAAUAAAUUGUAUGUCUUAUUCAAUACAUUGUCAAAAAAACAUACUUUAAACCCAGGUGUAUUUACUUAUAGACUUGAUCCAAUGAGAAAUUUAGUAAGAAAAGCCUGGUAAAAAUUUCUGUUCUGGCAUAGUCUUUUCAUAAUUGGUACCUUAACAAGUUUUCAGCCAUUAUGUAAUGCGUAUUGGACAGGAUUAAAUCAAAUCAAGAAGUUAUCACAGUUACCAACUUUUGGUAUACAACAUGUACUGGCUUAUUGAAGUUUUUACACCUGUAUGUUAUCAGCAAUUCUUAACAUUUCAUCCUUACCUACUAGUAAUUUUAGAAUAACAAACUUGCAGGUGACUACAUAUGACAUGUCUCUUCCCUCUAAUAUUUGUGUGUAUGUGUGUAUGUUCAAAUGCGUGUAUGUGUGGCUGUGCACACACCUGUGCACAUCUCCCAUUAUGGCAAAUGGGAAUUACUUUUUUUAUGUACAUUUAUUUAAGAACAUUUUAAAGAUGUACAGAAAAGCAACACUGUAUAUUUUUUCUUGUUCAAUUUGAAAAAUUGAUCAGAAUAAUGUAAAGAACAUUUUUAUGUUACCGACAUAAAACUUCUUUCCUUAAAGGUCAGUAGAACAGACAUACGGGAAUUCUAAACCUUAGUCUACAAACCUUUAUUUCAUGAGGAUUUCAGUUAUGGAGCUAAAGGAACCAAUUGUUAAACUUCAAAAAGGUUUAUAUUAAUAGGCUUGUCUUGGUUUGAAAGACAUGUAUCUGCUAAGGAAGGCAGAAGACCCCCUUGGAAUGGAAAACGUAAACCCCUUCCCUCCAAAUUAUUAUAAUUUUGAUAUUAAGGGGCUCUCAGGCAAAGAUAUGGGAAUAGGAAUAACAGAUCUUUACUAGUAUGCACAAUAAUGCAAACAAACAACAACAACAGCUCUGGCAUUAGCCCCAAACAGAACAGGACCCAGCGACCUUUCCCGGCCGCAGGCAUUUCCCCUCGUGCAGUUCCGGGCACGGCCGGCAGGGGCGCUGGUGGCUCCCGGCCGGACAGGGCGGGGAUUCCCCCGCGCCGGCAGGGGGCGCUGUGGCGCAGGCUCGGGCCACACGCGGUAAUGGCAGCUCGGCCGGGACGGGAAGGGAUGGGAGAGAGGCUUUGCUGCACAAACCCCCUCUGGGACAUCGAUCCCGGGCCCCUGGAGGAAUCUCGGGAGCAGCAAGCAGGGCCGGCAAGGUGUCUCGGCAGGCAGGGCGUGCGGGGCUACAGUGCAGCGAAAGCUCGGAGCAGCGCCGAGGAUGCGGCGGGGCCGAGGCAGCGGCAGCCCGGCUCCCAGCAGGGCAGGGAGAGGCGAGCUCAGGAUCCCGGGCAGCCGAGCAGAUGGUGAAAAGUCCCUCUUUUAGUGAGGUAGGUGUUAAUAAGGUCUCAGUUCAGUGGCUGCCCUCACGAGCAGAGGCUCACCCCACGGCAGAAGAAGCAGCUCUGGGCUGGGCUCUGCCGGCAGCCCCUCUGAAGCCUAGAGACAGACAGAGAAGAGAGAGUGUGCCCUCCUCCCCUGAGCUUGGCCGCUUCUUUUGUAUUUCUUAAGCACCCCGUUGUUAGUGUUUCCUAGCAACUUAUGGGCAAAAAUUCUAUAAGUAUAAAGGAACUAAAGGAAAGAAACCUAACCCCCAACAGGGCUCUAACAAAAAUCUCACAUCAGAUCCCAUGGUUGACAGAGGCAGGAUUUUUUCUCUUCAGGGUAAAUGAUGAGCCAGCUAAGCCUCCUUAUAAAGGUACAGUGUAGAUCUGAAGAAGGGUUUCUGUAAUUUGAUGUAACUGACCUUUGAAUUUCUGUGGAAUAGUGUGCUCCUAAGCAUAGGAUCAUGUUUAAAAAAAAAUAACAUUAUCGGGCCAGGUGCUCUCAGCGACAUCAGUGCAGUGCCAUGUAAAGCAGUGAAACUGCUAGAGAGAAGCUAAGAGAAUUUGUCCUAUAAUGUCUAAUAAUAUACAGGCCAUAAACACUGUGUAAAGUUGUCACUGGGACAAGCACUCUGCUUGUGCUUGCUUUUUGCCUUCCAUGUACAUUUAUGUUUGGGAUACUGUUCAGAACAGGUAAUACAGCAUCAUUUUGUUGAACCCACAAGGAAACAUAUAUAAUCUUCCGCACUGACCUUUUUUCUCCAAGGAUUUUUGGCCACAAUUCUUCACUACUGGAAGCAUAAAACAAGCUUCCAAUUGAUUAAAAAGCCAACUGAAACAGGCUUAUAUUCAGAGAGAGCACUACUCCUCAUCCUGUUGGGAGUUGGUGAGAUUUACAGGAGAUGGUCCUCACUUGAGAGGAUCAGUCUCACUUAAAUGUCUGUUUAUGUAUUUAUGAAACUUACCACGUGCAUCCAGCUCUAAGAGUCUUGGCAAAUGAACUUUUUGUUCAGAGGGAUGUUGUGGUUUACCUUUAAAUGAAAUGUCUUUGCUUGAAAUUCCUUUAAUUGUCCCAGUGAUUUUAUACAUGUAUGCUUUCCUCAUGUAAAUUGCUAUUUUAAAUUUUCUAUGUAAAAGAAAAAAAAAAUUGGAAAUAUUUUAUUGUAAAAUGUUUUACUAAAGAGCCAGGCCACUAUCCCACAUCAAAAUCUCUGCCUUUUAAAUUCAGAUACUCUCUCCAAGAUAUAAAUUUCAGAUCAGCACUCUUAAUUAAAAUAAAACUAACUAACCAUAGGACUGUAUUUUGCCACUCUUAUUUGUGUUAAGUAGUGCCUUACUCACCAAGUAGUUGCACUGAAGUUUGUGGAACUACUCUGAGAUAAUGUACUAGUAGCAGCUUUAGUAAGGGUGGCAGAAAUCUGGCCUUUAGUGAUGUAAUUUGUGAUUAAAUAAUUGUAUCAUGGUUACAGAUGUUUAUGGUAAAUUCUGGGAAGUGUGGAAGAGAUUAGUGGUAUGCAAAGCUUCAGGAUAUGAUCAGUUCUGUAAUGAUGGAUUUAAGCUCAGUUAGUAAGAGAUGCAAGUUGUAGCAACUUGGGAAAUAUGGAGAGAAAUUUACAAUUAUACCUUAACUUUGUUAAAACAAUAGUAUUUUUAGAGUCAGCUUAACACAAUUACUAUACUCUGAAAUGAGAAAUCAUAUGUAUUCAUGCACUGUCUGCAGAUCACUUAGCCUUGUAAUACUCAUGAUUGAAAAAGGAAGAGUGAUGAUGUCAUGUACUUAAUGUAAAUUGGUGGUUUCAAAUAUCUGAAUUAUGCCAAACAAAAAAUCAUCUGUGCCAUUUGCAGUUUCUUAGUAUAUCUUUUACUGAGUACUUGGAUUGGGAUAAAGGGCUUGUACUAUGCACUUUUUAUUGACUUAACAAAAUAAAUAGCAAUCAUUAGUAAA